AUUGAUAACGUUUUGUGUUGUAUUGUAUUGUGCAUGUCUUAAUAAAUUACCACAGAUUUAAAAAAUGGAAGAUAAGGAAAAUAGGACAAAGCUCUUAAGCUGCAUGAUAAAAGGUCCUGGUCCAGUUUAUGAAUUGCGGACAUUAGUCGGAUAUGACGGCCAUUGCUUAUCUCGUCAUAGAAGUCCAGCAUACAGUAUGCGAUAUCGUACAAAAAUAGUUGUACCAAGUGUUGGACCUGGACCACGAUAUGAUGUUACAAAAUUAACAAAUUAUGGAUUGGAUACAUCACCCGCAUACACAGUAGCUGGUAGAGAGAUAUUUAAAGUAAGAGAUUUAGGACCAGGACCAGGAGCACACUAUCCAGAAUUAUGUCCACCAAUGAAUCACAACAUUAGAGCACCUGGUUAUACUAUUAAGUGCAGAGCUAAAACAAAAAUUACUGAUUCCGGACCUGGUCCAAAUGCAUACAUUUUGCCCACAUGCAUCGGUCCGAAAAUUCCAGACAAAACGGCACAAGGUGCCUUUACUAUGGGUAGCUACCAUAAAGUCAGAUACGAGUAUGGUAGUCCAGGUCCAGCAGCUUAUAGAACAACAGGAACAGAUAUCGUAAAACGCAGUUCUCCAGCUUUUAGUUUGAAGGAGAGAAAUCAGUUGACAGAAAUAAAUUUGAACCCAGGGCCACAGUAUUACCCGCAAUUUAAUACUAGAAAGCAAGCACCGUCGUAUUCCUUCGGUAUCAGGCACAGCGAAUGCGCCGGUGUACCUAUCACAAGUUUGGACGAAGAUUAAUAUUUGUACAUAAAAUACCAAAAAAAGAAAACAAGAUAUGUAAUUCGAAAAUUAUAAAAAUGUAUUAUUUUUGAAACAUUA